UCAAAAUGGCGACAGGAGGAGCAAAUUACGCCAGCAUCCAAGAAAGAUCUCCCAAAUCUGGAGUGGACAAUGUGUUGGAAUGCAGAGUAUGCAAUGACAUAUUUGCACUUCAAGGAGACAAAGUCCCCAGACUGUUAUUCUGUGGCCAUACUGUGUGUCAUCAGUGCCUCACCAGACUGACACCUCAUGGCACAGCUGUAUUGUGUCCAUUUGACAGGCAGCCCACUGAUAUGGGAGACUCUGGGGUAUGGGGGCUCAAGAAGAACUUUGCCUUAUUAGAGUUGCUGGAGAAAUUGCAGUACCUACACAGAGGGAUAACUAGAGUUUGGAGUGAAGAUGUGCUGGAGAGAGAAAAACAGUUGGCAGUACCAUGUGAUGAGAAUGAGAGUCACAUGGCAGUAUUAUUCUGUACAGUAUGCAGCACAAACCUGUGUUUGGAAUGUUCAGAACUCACUCACUCCACAAGAACAUUGGCAAGGCACAAGAGAGUGCCACUAUCGGAGAAACCAAGAGAAAAUCCUAAAUGUCUCUACCAUCCUAUACAUUUAGUAGAGUUUGUGUGCUUGGAAGAUUCUUGCCAGAAUGCGCCAUUAAUGUGUUACAUUUGUAAAGAUUAUGGAAGGCAUGUCAAACAUAAGCAUACGUUGUUGGACACAGAAGCAGAGAAUGUGCGUAGUACCCUAAACAAUGCUAGACAGCAUAUCCAUUGUUUUAUAGAAGAGAUCAUGGACACAGCCCGCAGACUAGGCACAGUGAUACAGCAGAUAGAGGGAGGAACACACAUGACAGAAAAUUCAGAUGGGUCCACAGGUUUGCAACAAACCAUUGGCACAGCAGAGCAGGCCCGCGGACGAGUACGGCAAUAUUUCCACGACCUCCAUGAGACUCUUGCCAGGCAGGAGAUUGCUGCUCUUACCAUUGUAGAUACCCACAUCCGAGAGAGGCUGUGUAUGCUGAAACAGCAGCAGGAAGAUAUGGGCAUUCUGCUAUCACAGAUAUCAGCUGUAUACCAACAGUGUGACAGGACUCUACAGGAGGAUGAUACAAAAGUAAUUGUAGCAAAGCAUGAAAUUGGCUCCUUGGUAGAGACUGUGAAAACUCAACAACAGCAUUUCUCAGAGCUUCCAGAACAGCUGCAGUUGGACCCUGCAAUCCCCAUCACAUUCACCAAGGACAAUCGUGUUCACAUCGGUCCUAAGAUGGAGAUGAGGGUGGUCACUCUGGGACUGGAUGACUCCGGCAAAACCAGCAUUCUCUUCAAACUGAAACAAAAUGAGUUCAUACCAACAAUACCUACCAUAGGUUUUAAUGUGGAGACAGUUGAGUACAAAAACUUAAAGUUUACUAUUUGGGAUGUGGGAGGGCAGCAUAAGCUGAGACCUCUCUGGAAACACUACUACUUCAAUACUCAAGCUCUGAUAUAUGUGAUAGACAGCAGUAAGAGAGACAGACUGGAUGAGGCUUACAAUGAACUGGUCAAACUUGUACAGGAGAAGGAACUGAAAGAGGCUUCUCUGCUAGUCUUUGCCAACAAACAGGACAUUGACCCCUGUGUGACCAUAGAAGAAAUCACAGAGAAGUUCAACCUGUUCAAAUUGUGUUGUGGGCGCAGCUGGCACAUUCAGGCCUGCGAUGCCAAGACUGGGACAGGGUUGCAUGAUGGGAUAGAAUGGCUGUCCAGGCAACUCAUUGCUGCUGGAGUCAAUGACCACUUAUUGAUUUGAACUUUUUCAGUGAACUCUAAAUACAUUUCCAACAAAAAAGGGUUAAUAAGAAUUAUUUGGGAUUCAUGUUAAGAAUUAAUGUGUUGGGCUUGUCAAAGAACUACUGAUGCAUAAUAGUUUAAACUUAACAAUUUCAAGAAUACUCGUGUGGUAAGGUAGCCUGAGAAUUUUGACAGCUGAGUAUUAACACGUAAACCUCAAAUUACUCAUUGUCAGUAUGUUAAUAUCUGUUUACAUGCAUUAAUGACAACAGCAUUGAUGUUACUUUUAUCACAUGAUGAUAAGAAAAUUUGUCGCAUGCAAAUUGAGAUCAAAUUUUAUUGCGUCUGCGAAUAUUGAUAUUAGACUAAUCAAAAAUAAAUUAUAACUCUGAUAUAGUUGUAACAACACUCAGUUUAUCAAAUUUUGUAUCUAAAUUUAAGCUUUACGUUAAGAAAAAUUUUACUGGAUAUCUCUUUAGGUUAUGGUAUUUGAAUGUCAACAAAUAGGUACAUAUUUGAAGUAUUGGCAUCCUGUUAACAAAAUGCCAGCAAUUUAAACUAAUUCAAGCAAAUAUCUGUGACAAUUGUAUGCCAUUCUGAGAAUUUAUUCUUGAGAAUUUAAGAAUUUAAUGUUCUUAUUGGAUAAACCCUUUAGCAGUGGGGAUAUUCAGAUGAUGAUAGCAUAGGGACAGAGAUGAGUUUGGUGUCAUAUGCUGCACAGAUCUGGAAGUUUCCUUGAAAGGCACAUCCCAUGGAUUGCAUGUGUACCAAGAUAUACCUUUGUUUGUAAAGAAGGGUCUUUUUUGUCUGCCCAAGCUUCUUGUAUAAGAAGACGGGUCAGAUAAGCUCUGCUUUCAGACUGCUUAACUAUUACACUUUACCUUAUUGGUAUUUUAUGGAAUUUUAAUUUGCAAUAAGUUGGUCACCCUUUUGAAUAGACGGUGUUUGUGAAUAUGUUAUAUACAGGCCAUUGUGAAAUUGGUGCUUUUGUUAUGGUUGGGUACAACCAUGUCAUGGUUAUGGUCUUUCUGGCCAGGUUGAUUUGACUUCGGUGAAGUCGGGAUUUUUUUAACGAUCUAUGUACUGAUACAAUAAAA